CAUAUUGAUUUUUUGAAAGGAUGAAAGGAAGGUGUGGUUAUAAUUAAAAAUGAUUGAAAGCAAAGUUAUCACAUUUCAUACACAGUUACAAAAUAGUGCAUUUAGAAACUUGUGUUUUUUAAAUUCAAACUAAUUAAGGUUAUGGACCAAAGAACGAUGAGUUGUUAACUGUGUGGCGGAGCAGAUAAUGACCAGUUGGGCCGAAAGGAUGCAUCGAAGGGCUGCCACCUUUGGCAACGUUGUCACUUCUUGUGGCCAUCCGUCCGUACCUUAUCCACGACGUCUUGAAAAAGUAAAGUUUGGUGUUCCACUAGAUGAAGUCUGCAAAAAUGAUAUCCCCGGCCCACUAUUGGUAUUAAUUUUGAAAUUGAACAAAGAAGCUCCCUUGAAGAAGGAUGUGUUCCGAGCCCCAGGCCACCAGGGUAAUAUGAAGAAACUGAUUCACUUCUUACAGACUGGCCGACUGGUCAAUAUAGACAACUUUUCAGUCUACACCAUCGCUUCCGUCCUCAAGAAAUUUCUGCGAAAACUUCCAGGUGGUAUCUUUGGACGCACGAACGAACAGCAGCUAUUCACCAUCGUACAGAUGAACAGCAUCACGCAGCAGCGUGACGAAAUUUACAAAUUGAUCUCAUCAUUGCCCCCACACACUCAACGGCUGCUAGUCCUGUUGUUCGGAACGUUUAGAGUGAUUGCGACGAACGCUGAGCGGGCCCACACCGGUAUGACAGCUGAAGCACUUGGAGUGUCCGUGGCACCCAGCUUCUUCCAGAGCUGUGUCAGUGAUGGAAAAACUGCCAAGAUGGAGGAUGUUCUGCGAUAUAAGGUUGCAACAAGGAUAAUGAAAUUUCUCAUAGAUAACUUUGGCACAUGUAAUUUAUUCGGGCGGCCAAAUUAUGAGUUCUACGCAAGGAUCACAGGGAGAAUUCUCAAGGUCGAAGAUGAAUGGAUAUUUAGCUUCAGAUUCCCUCCUGAUAAUGUUGGGCGUCAAGUGUCUCUUGAAACAGAGAAAACGUGGCUUCAGUACGAGUGCGAGAGAUGGGGGUUGAAGUUCAAUUUGGAGACAAUGUCACACCAAGAGGAGAGUCAGUCUACACCAGCCCUGAUUCAUGUUCCUGAGUCAUUGGACGAAGCGAUGGGGACAUCCCUGGGGAUGAUACCAGAGAACAACCUCCUGGAGAGCUGCACCCGACUGUCCAUCAGUCUGGAGGAGAAUGGAUUGUUUAAGGGCUCGAGUCGGUCGAGUUCUAGCAGUGCCAGCCACCACAUGACCUUGGAUGAGUUGCGUGCUGUCAACAGAUAUGCAGAAUCCACCAAAAGCCUCUCUUACCUCCCCCAGGUCCACGAGCGACAAGCAGCACGGAUGCGGACACGCUCCGAGUGGUUCCUUAACCCUCCCGGCCGCCUGUGCCAUAGCAUGGACAGCGACCCUACGUCCAUCCACGUCUUGCGGGGUUCUAACAAUCUUAGUUCCUCCUCCAACAUCGGAGGAGCCGGGGCUGGUCUGAGCGCAAGCGCCGAGUCGGUUUCCAAGCGACCGAGUGUUCGGCGCAACUCGUCCCGUUCCCGUCACAACAGAGGUUCCCGACGCAACAAAGAAAACGGAGCCAACAAGCCGCUAUCCAAGUCUUCCCAUGACCCCGAGACCCCCACCACAACCACCACCACCCAGACGAUCCAAGUUACUCUCACGUACAAACCUCGGAUAUAGUGGGACUGCUGCUGCCCACUCUUCUAUUUCUUCUUAAAUUUGUAAAUUUCUUUGUUUAGAAUUCUAUACUGCCUUAUUAUAUUUCAAUGACUGAGACAUGACUUUGAAUCGCUUUAUUUUAUAAAUUUAACUAGUCAGGUAAACAUUAUGUUAUAGAAAUAAUUUUGUAAUAGUUUUGUUGUUUUACUGUCAUGACAAUUAUCAAUACAAAAAAAUAUCAAUCAUUUUAUACCAAUUCUAAUGUUACCUAAGAGGAUUAAUUUAGUAAUAACUUUGAGAAAUAUUUCCAGAGGUGUUUGUCUUCUAUUUUGAUAAUCAAUUUGUAACAUCAAAGCCAUCGUACUUGAAUACAAUACUACUACUUUAAUAAACAUAACUUGAAUGAAAAAUAAGAUUAAGGGACAUAUUAUCCCCAUAAUUAUAGAGUAUAAAAGUUUAUUUUAACACAUUUCAGGAUGUGCCCUAAAGCUUUUCUACGAGUUUGCAAUUGUAAUAGAAAAGGGUCUUUGUCAUAAUAUCCUUUUUUUAUAUCCAUUUUAUAAACAAAUAUGCAGUUUGGAUUUAAAGAAAUCUAGGUAAAUUAAUAAUUGUGUAUUUUGUAACUCUGCAAACUUUUGUAUUGCUAGAACAUUCAAGUAAUUUAGUACUUCUAGAUACUGAUGCUGUGCAAAACAUUCAUAUCAUUCCAAACAUGCCAUUAUCAAUUUUGCUUCUUUCUGGGUUAAGGUUUGCCCAAGGGCUUUUUGUUUUUCUUAACAAAAGUGUGUAACCAAUGUUUGCACAAACUCCUUAAGGUAUCAUAUUUAUCCUUUAUUUUUGUUAAUUUUUACUUUAAAGAGAUUUUUUAUAAACUAUGGUAAAAGUUCCUCUUAAGAGCUUAUUUAGCUUAAAUAUUACUUCAUUUUAGCAAUUCAUAAAUUGCACAAAAAUGUGAUUGAACUGUGUAAAACCAAAGCACAAAAUAUCUUAAAAGUAAAAAUUUUUGAAUACAGUUAUUUAUUUAAAUUGGCUAUUAACACCAUUUACAAUAAAUGUAUAUAGUAUUGGCUUUAAUGUUAGUAAUAUUAAAGUAUAUUUACGGUCCAAAUUCUGUAACAACUCUUUGUUGUUUUAUUUUAAAUUUGUUCACCAAUAAGAGUAUUUAUUGAUACUUUUCUUUGCUAGCUGGUUUAGUUGAAGAAAAUAUAUGUAUAUUAAUUAAUCAGUGGAAUUUAGUUGCUCCUUGCAAUUUAAUAUUUUUGUUGUUGAUCUUAUUUUGUUACGAAAUAAGUAUUCAAUCAGCAGUUUUAAAAAUAAGUUCAAUGCGAUAAGAAAUCAAACCUGCCCAUUUAAUAGCUUACGUUAACCUUCUAAACCCCAGGUGACAAUUUACAGUGCACUAAAUGAUGCACGUUAAAUCUUCCAGACUGUCGCCUGGGGUCCAGAAGGUGAAUUAUUUCUCUGGGUAAUAUGUAAAGUUUUGGAGUUAAAUGUAUAGUAUCUGUUUUUGUAACUGAUAUUCUUUAACAAAAAAAGAAACAAAAGAAGUUAUGGCACAUGAAACGAUAAUGUUCUUAUCCCAACUAUAUAUAAUGUAACAUGUUUUAUACAAGAUUUUAUAUAGUAAGUAAAUUGGUCCCUCUUAAUACUUCAUUAGAUCUCUUGCAUGCAAAUUAAAUGAAAUAUUUUGUAUAAAUAACCUAAGUAUAAACUUCUAGUGGGUGUUUGAAUUGAGUAUCUGUCUUGUAUACUGUAAAAAAUGUUAUUUUAACUUUGGUUUAGUCAGUUUUUUUGCUAGUUAAAAGAAUUAUGACUGAUAAUAAAGUAGACAAAUCUUGAGAUAUAUUCUCAUUUGUAGCUCUAAUUUAGCGUGGUUUAAAUUUGUUGUGCCAAAUAAUUUAUUCAAUGUCAAUUUGUAUUUGCCAAAAAAUUAAAAAAAGACUUGCAUAUUGUUUUUGACUUAAAUCAGUAGUACUUACAGACAAACUAUGUAUAAGAAAGUAGCUUUUUUAAGUGUUCACAAUACUGUAUUGUGUACAUUCUUUCUUGCCAGCCCUUGCAGCUAUUAAACCAAACUGUUGUGGUGUUUUCAUAAUAAUACAGAAACUACUUUUCGAUGACCUUCAUUUCAUGACUUUUUAAGUACGGUGAGUGUUGUAAUUCACGUAAUGUCGUAUCAGCCCAUCAGUUUUAAAUAUGUUCAAUGGAAAUAUGUAGUUACAAGAAAAUGUUGUAAUUGUUGUCACAUCGACAAGUAAGAACACCAAUGUUGUUUUAUAUGUUUAUGGAUGUAUUAAUUGUAUUGUAAAUGUAUAUAAACGCAAAGUUUGUAUUUUUAUAUUGUGAUCAACUCUAAGCAAAUGGAAUCAGUUUUGCUGAAGCUAGAUGCAAUAUAUAUUUAAUAGUGAUGUUGGAAAUUUAAGAUUUGAAUGAUUUAGAUUAUAAACUAUCACCCUCAGGAAUUAUUAAAACUUUUUUGUGAUUCCCCAAAAACCGUGUGGAGUCAGAUUUUGUUGUUAUAAACUUAAUGAAAAAAAAAAUACAUUUAACAUAACUAUUUAUUAUAUAGUUUCUAAUUACUAGUUCUGCAUUUAAUUUCUAUGAAAUUGUUUGAAAAUAUUGUUAUAACUUGUUUAAUGAUUCUAACUUUUUAAGCGUUUUAAUUUAAGGAGAUUCAAUGACAAAUUCAGCUUGAGAUUUCUCUUUCAGUACAUUAUUUUAACUGUGUUUAUAGAAACCAUCAAUACGAGGAAGUUCACUUAGUAGAAAGAAUCUUUAUUAUCUAAUAAACGUCUUUCAUUUGUAAUAACAAAUGUUCUCUCUUAAUAAAUUGGUCAACAUUUUAACUGCCUUUUUUCCUUAUAUAAAGGAAUGAGGCUAAAUCGUCCAUGAUGAUAUCUCCAAAAUGUGAAAUUUAACUAACCAACACAUUAUGAGUCAAGAAUAGCCGGUGGCCAAGUAAAAAUGACCAAUUUUUCCAGAAUUUUCUUUAGCCUAAAACAGAUUAUGUUUUAAAACACUUGGUACUUGAGGUCAUUGGUCUUAGGUGAUUAUGUUGCAUAAAAUCCUACCGAUAUCAUUUUCAAUUUUUAUUAGUAUUGUCGGCCUUGUAAUGUUCUGAAUCUCUCUAUUUUGAUCUUUCCCAAUGUGGGCUGUAGCCCAUGGAGAUGGACAGAAUAAGGUAAGAAGGUAAUCGGUGAUUAUAAAUCUUCCAGCUUACUGUUUAUAGCUAUAAACUUCAAGGGUUAGAUACAAAGGAAUCAAACUAUUCAACAUGUUAUCAAGCAUAUCUACAUUGAUCCUUUGUUAUGUACUCAUUGUUCAACAUUUAUAAAUAUCCAAUAGAUAAAUUUGUAUUGUUGUCAAAAACCAAAAUUUUAAGAUCGUUAUUUACCUAUAGUCUAAUGUUUUUAUAUUACUAUUGCUGGUUUUGUUUCAAGGUAACAUUGAAUAUUUUUAAUAAAUUGUUACGUGUUGAAUCCCAAGACGAGAAAACUUGUGUACUGUCUAAGUUGUGCAGUUUUUAUUUUGUCGUUCUCAUUUGUAUCGUCCUUGUCAUUUUCAGUUGGUGGUUUGUUAUUUUUUCAAAGCUUUGAUAAGAUUUCAUUUAUAACUUUCCUAAUUGUUAAGGUUAAUAUUUAGCUUUUUAUUCACUUUAUCACUUUAAUUUUAUCACUAUUAUUAUUACUGUUUUUAUACCACAAGUAAGUUUUAUUAUAUUUUUAAUUUUUAAUAAAUACACUGAUAGUUCUAAGGAAAGUUGUUUUGUUAAAGAAACUGGAUUUUUCGGCGGCUUGAAUCUGUUUGCUUGGAUUUUUAGUUAGUACAAAUUAUUGUAAAUACUAUUUAAAUAUAUACGUAUAAUUUUGUUUUAA